CGAAGAGACAGCCAAUGGACGUCAGGAUUGAGGGAGGGCCACGCCCUCCCACGGAGGCCUUGGCGAGUGGGCGGUGCCUUACGUAAGAGGCGGAGACUGGGUUACUGGGCUCCUGCUGUAAAGCGAGUCAGGGCCUGAGGGGCAGGAGGCGGGGCCGGGAACAACCCCAGGAGGAGGCGGUGUCUGCCAUGACAGAAAGUGAGUGUGUCUGCCCUUUGCGGGGGCUCACGCCGGUAACUCCAGCACUUUGGUAGGCCGAGGCGGGAGGAUUGCUUGAGCCCAGGGAUUCAAGACUGGCCUGAGCAACAUAGUGACCUCGCCCCACCCCAUCCCUACAAAGUUGUUUUUUUUUGUUUUGUUGUUUUGUUUUUUGUUUUAAUUUAGCCAAGCGCAGUGACUUAUGCCGGUAAUCUCAGCAUUCUGGAAGGCCGAGGAUGGCUUGAGCCCAGGAGUUCGAGACCAGCCUGGGCAACAGCAAGAUCUCCAUCGCUACAAAACAUUUUUAAAAAUGCACACGACUUGGCGAAUGGAGCGAGAAUUGGAUUUCAGUUUGCCCCUUUGCUCCGUCAGCCGCGCGCCCUGAUGCAGUGCACAACCUUAGCUGCUGUGCGCGGUAGGGGGCGACUCCUCGGCCUGCGAGCAGAAAGGAAAGUUCAGAUUCCUCUAACAUAGUGAACCAGCCUUGCAGGAGGACGAGAAGGAAGGAAUGAGAAGAGAGGACUACCUCCACCUUUUCCAUCCCGUUGGUCUCCUGGGUCUGGGAGCGCUGGGCUCCACCCUGUCUGAACUAACACCUGGCAGUUGGGCGUGCCUCAGUUUCCCAGAGGCGGGGCAUUCCUCCGUCGCCGCCCCCCACCUCCCCUUUUUCCUCUUCCUCUUGGGGCUUCUGCGGCCGCGCCUCUAGCACUCCCGGAACUGAAAACUAGGUGCCAGACAGUCCGGAGGCGGGGGCCACGUCAGCGGGGCCACCCCGGGCUCGCGGGGUCCCGGCGGGCGCCAUGCGGAGGGGCGCGCUUCUGGCGGGCGCGCUGGCCGUGUACGUCGCGUACCUGGUGCUGGGCGCGCUGCUGGUGGCGCGGCUAGAGGGGCCGCACGAAGCCCAGCUCCGAGCCGAGCUGGAGACACUGCGGGCGCAGCUGCUGCAGCGCAGCCCAUGUGUGGCGGCCCCUGCCCUGGACGCCUUCGUGGAACGAGUGUUGGCGGCCGGACGGCUGGGGCGCGUCGUGCUUGCCAACGCUUCGGGGUCCGCCAACGCCUCGGACCCUGCCUGGGACUUCGCCUCUGCUCUCUUCUUCGCCAGCACACUGGUCACCACCGUGGGCUAUGGGUACACAACGCCACUGACUGACGCGGGCAAGGCCUUCUCCAUUGCCUUCGCGCUCCUGGGCGUGCCGACCACUAUGCUGCUGCUGACCGCGUCAGCCCAGCGCCUGUCGCUGCUGCUGACUCACGCGCCCCUGUCUUGGCUGAGCAUGCGUUGGGGCUGGGACCCCCGGCGGGCGGCCUGCUGGCACUUGGUGGCCCUGCUGGGGGUCGUAGUGACCAUCUGCUUUCUGGUGCCGGCUGCGAUCUUCGCCCACCUCGAGGAGGCCUGGAGCUUCCUGGAUGCCUUCUACUUCUGCUUUAUCUCUCUGUCCACCAUUGGCCUGGGCGACUACGUGCCCGGGGAGGCCCCCGGCCAGCCCUACCGGGCCCUCUACAAGGUGCUGGUCACAGUCUACCUCUUCCUGGGCCUGGUGGCCAUGGUGCUGGUGCUACAGACCUUCCGCCACGUGUCCGACCUCCACGGCCUCACGGAGCUCAUCCUGCUGCCCCCACCGUGCCCUGCCAGCUUCAACGAGGAUGAGGACGAUCGAGUGGACAUCCUGGGCCCCCAGCCGGGGUCGCACCAGCAACUCUCUGCCAGCUCCCACACCGACUACGCUUCCAUCCCCAGGUAGCUGGGGCAGGCUCUGCCAGCCUUGGGUGUGCCUAGCCUGGGACUGAGGGGCCCAGGCGACCAGAGCUGGCUGUACAGGAAUGUCUGCCAGCAGAGCAGGCGAUCCUGAGGCCUUGCCACCCACCAUCUGUCCUUUGUUUCCCAGCAUCUGGCUGGGAUGUGAGGGGCGGCACUCCCUGUCCCCAUGUCCCAGGCUCCACUGGGCACCAACAUGACCUUGUUCUCCAUCCUUUCUCUCAUCCUCUUUACACUGUGCCUCUCUGGCUCUCUGGCGUUCUCGCCAUCUCUGUCUUUCCCUCUUGCUGUCUGUGUUUCUCAUUCUCUUUCAUGUUUUGUCUGUGUCUCUCAAUUAACCACUUGUCAAUUGCUGAUUCUACCGGGCUCUGGCUUCGGACCUCAUUUCAGGCACCAGAUUGGUCACUACACCCUGGACAAGUGACUGACCCUCUCUGAGCCUUGAUUUCCUCAGCUGCCAAAUGGGAAGAAUAGACGAAUUCACCCCUAAACCCCUCCUGUGUGCUGGCCCUGUGCUAGACAGUGCUGAAGAUAUAGUUGGGGGUGGAGAACUGCCCUUAUGGAGCUUGCAGUCCAGUGAGGUGGACAGACCUGUCCCCAGACAGUGAUGGCCCACAAUGGGCAGGACUUUAAUGGAGGAGGUGAGGUGAUAAAAGCACAGGCAGAGUGGUCAGGGCUGAAGUUGGAGAAGCACAGGGACUAGGCCCAAUCCAGCCUAGAAGGUCAGGGAGGACUUCCUGGAGGAGGGGACAUCGAACUAAGACCUGAACUAUGAGAAAUAGGUGGGAAGAAGUUGUACCUGACUCAUUUUUCUCAGGUGUCUCCAGGGAGCAGGACCCAUGGAGGGAGCCCUGGUGUAGGCCUAGGCGGUAGACUCUUCCUCAGCAGCCUGGCAGGCAGGAAACGGACAUAGGACCCGAGCCUAGAUCUGAAUGGCAUGGAGGUGCUGCCCGUAACCCUAACACCAUUGUAAGAGCUGUCCCCAUUUGUAUGUUGUAGUAAUUGUAUGUUGUGCCCUGGGCCCUGGAAUCAUCCUUGUUGAGCUCAAAUCCCAACUUAACCUUAUCUGGCCUGUGUCCUUGGGCAGUCACCCUACCUCUCUGAUUUCGUUUCCUUAUCUGUAAAUGGUGAUCAUCAUAAUACAACUUCAAAAGAUGA